AUGCUGCUCACGAAGCUGAUGGGUCCGGAGGCGAUGGGUGCGCCAAGUGCGAAUCUACACUUCACCGAUCCCAAGGUAUGCCGCAACUUCCUCUGCGGUACCUGCCCACACGACCUCUUCGCCAAUACCAAAGUGGAUCUCGGUCCAUGUCCCAAGUCGCACACGCCAAAGUACAAGGACGAAUACCGCAAAGCACUCGCAGCAGGCCAACGCUUCCCCGACUUUGAACGCGAGCACGAGCACAACAUCUUUUCCUUCAUCUCGGACAUUGACCGCAAGAUCGCUGCCAACAAGCGCCGACUGGAGCAGACGCCAGAGGAGCUGGCACGCUUCGCCAACAUGAACCGCGAGAUCUCCGAGAUCGAGACAGCGCUAGCCGCCGUCAUGGCCGAGGUGGAAGCAUUGGGAGAGCAGGGUCAAAUCGAGGAGUCGCUUGCAGAGCUUGCCAAAGCGGAUGCAUUGAAGGAAGAAAAGGCACAGAAGGAGAAGGAGCUGCACAACGCGCAGGAGAACUCGGGCGCAAGUGGUCAUCAGAAGUUGAGGGUUUGCGAUGUCUGCGGCGCCUACUUGAGUAUCUUGGAUUCAGAUCGAAGGUUGGCAGACCACUUUGGUGGAAAGAUGCAUCUUGGUUACUUGAGGCUGCGCGAGAUGAUCGGCGAGUUCGACGAAAGGAGACGCAAUCCAAACGCGCCACCCAUGGGAUUGCCAGCAGGAUCCGCAGCACCGGCGACAUCACAUCAGAGCAAUGGAAGCUCAAAUGGUCGAUUCAUCCCAGCACCAACAGCAGCAGCAUCAUCGCCAGCAACAGCAUCCGGGAUAUCGAACGGCCCAGGUCUCAACGCCACGCUCCCUCAGAGGGAUCGCGAACGAGAGCGCGACUUUGAACGAGAGCGGGAACGCCGAGACCGGGAACGCAGGGACACGCGUGAACAGCGAGAAGCCGCAGACACGGGAGCGGACAGCAAGCGCGGCGGAGAAGAGGGAGAAGUCAAGGAGGAGGAAGGUGAGGUGCUGUCGGACUACAAGCCGAAUCCAAGACCGCCCAUCCAGAUUAAAGAAGAGGAUCGGAAGCGAAGUCGAUCGCCGGCGUAG